AUGCCUCGGUCAUUCUUGUCACUCAUUUUUGCCACUACCUUUGUAUUCUGCCUACAGGCUCGCCCCGCCAAUGCUAGGUGGUUUCCUCGCAACGCCCAACUGCAGAAUGUUCAAAGUGUUACUGUGACAAGAGAUCCUCAGGAAGCCGAUAUCAAUGUCAUAAUCGUAAACCCCGAUGAAACAAUAGUCACUAAAACAGUCACGGUCGUGGUAACUAGCGUUGCUGUUCCGCCAUUUGAAAACACCUCCACUGAGCUGCCAACCACGGUGGCAUUCGAGUCGGCGACCCUUUCCGUUGAUCUUACGUCUACCGGCCCGGGCUCGUCCAUAGCUACGGCACUUCCGAUUUCUCAUUUCUCGUCGUUCAGUGUCAGCGAUAUUGCAACUGCGCUCAACGCAACCACAGUCGCGAGCGUCGAAACUACACCCAACGUUCCAUCCAUCGAUGUGUCCAUCACAUCGGAUGCGUUGCUCACGCUCCCUACGGAAUUCCCAUCUUUUAAUUUGUCAAUUACGCUCAACGCAUCGACCAUAGCGCCCACCAUCUCAUCUAAUGUGACCAUCUUCGCCCCGACGACAGAAAACUUCACAACCGCUACGGACAUAUCAUCCUGUUUUGCUCCUGACGCAAGCACCAUAACUCUUACUUCCAUAUCAACGGACACACCCCUGACAAACCAGGCUACUAUUACUACAACAGAGUUUACUGGGACAUCUACAGUAUACAUAAUCGGAAAUACGUCGACCAUAAUAGACAUCACGACAACAACGCUUACCGAGACUUUGACCCCUGCUCCGAUUCCAACAACUAUACUUGGCCCUACAGUUACGAAAACAUCUAUAUUAACACUCAGUGCUAGCUCUAUAACGGAAACAGUCACAAGCAUCAGCGUCGCUACUGUCACAAACCAACCAAUUGUCAUUAGUACUGUGAGCACAAGCACAGAGACAUCUACGCUGACCACUACCGAAACGUCGUUCGUCAGCGCCCUAAGCGUAGUAACGUCCACGAGCACAGAAUAUGUGCCUACAACAUCGACAGAAGUAUCCGUUCUCACUCUGACUUCCACCGAAACGGAAACCCAAACCGAAACUGAAACCGCAACAGAGACUGCCACGACCACCUCAAUUUCGACGACCACGGCUACAACCACUCGUACAAUCAGAAACCCGUUCAUAAGGACUAUCACAAGGACUAGGACCGUGGUUGUGCCGAUAACCAGGACACGCACAAGAUUUAUACCCACCACGACUACUGUGACAGUCCCCGACAUCCGAGUCUCGGUUGUGACUCUGACCAGAACGACGAGUCGUCCGCCUAGUAGAGUCGUGACUACACUCCCUGGGCAGACUGUAGUUGUUACUGUGACGCGCACCGCAACCGUAAGGGCAUGA